UGUAAAGGGAACUGCAGCAGCUGGGUUAAAUGGCUCUUUUUCUCUCUUUUCAUUUUUGAUCCCUAAGCUCAGCUCACACAUUCCGAUCAUUCCAGGCGCGCAGUUAUUUAUGAGAGUGGAGCGCGCGCCUACUAGCUCAUAUCCCAACCAGACCCGAACACAACGAGGAGAUAAAACACACACAGAAGACAUUAGUUGGAUUACUUGGAUUAUUACACAUGCCAUUAACAGAAUCCGUGUGGAAUGAAAGUUUUAGUGGGUCCAUUUCAGAUCAUAAAUACUCGUCUCCAUCAAAUAAAAUGAGAGGUGAAGAAGCAUCUAGUACUGUCCUGCACAGACUAAUCCAAGAACAGCUUCGCUAUGGAAACCCCACAGAUACCCGCACACUCCUGGCCAUCCAGCAGCAGGCCCUGAGACGAGGAGGAGGUGUUGGGGGUGCUAACAGAGGAGCUGGUUCUUCACAGUCUUCAUCUGAGAGCCUCAGCCAGGAGGAGCCCCAGUCUCCUCAGCUCUCUGCGCGCCAAGAACCCCAGGGUCAAGAGCACCAGGUGGACUACCAGCACUCUGAGAACUACACAACAUACCCACACCACGGCGAGGAGCUGCCCACCUAUGAACAAGCCAAGGCUCAGUCUCAGCAUUUAGCCUCCCAGUGGUGGCAAUCGCCCAGGGGCUGCUCACUACAGGAUAGUGAAACCAUCCCAAAGCCCUGUGAGGAGGAAGACACCUGGGAUCCGAAGCGAGGCCACAUACGGUCACUCAGUGAGAGGCUUCUGCAGUUUUCAGUUGAGCGCAGUAAAAUGCCUACAACAUGUUCUGCCAGUUACCCUCAGAUACAUGGAUAUCAUGCAAACCAGCACUUACAAUAUAACCAGCAAGGACUGGAGUACAAUAAGCAGGUUCCUUAUACAGAGUACCCCUUUCCUGCACAACAAGCAGCGGAGUAUGAACUUUACUACAAAGCACCACCAUCAUUUAAUUCCCAGCACAACAGACUUCAAACACCAGAGGUUUGCCAUAGACUGUCCACAUCUCCCCCUGCUGGCAGGGAGGUCACAGCUUGCAGUAGCAGUCAACUGGAAAUGCUAAUGAACGAGAAUAAAAGACUGAAACAGGAACUAGAGGGACACACUGAGAAGGUCCUCAGAAUUCAGAAGCUGGAACAAGAGAUCCAAAGGAUCUCAGAGGCCUACGAAACUCUGAUGAAGGGCUGCGCUAAAAGAGAGACUCUAGAGCAAGCUCUAAGAAACAAGCUGAUGGCGGAGAUCAAGAGGCUGCAGCAUUCAAGCAUUCAAGCGGCAAAAGAAGCCGAAGCUGCCGACCAGAACCAGAAUGUUAUUGAGAAGCUCCUUCUGCAGAAUGAAGAACAGCAGCUUCAGUGUGCACAUCUGGAGCAGGAGGUUCAGCAUCUGCGAAAUGAAGUGGAGAACCAUCAGUGCAGAAGCGAGGCCCUGGAGAUGGCACUGAGGUCCACGCAGACGCGCAGCCAGCAGCUGUGGUCGGAGCUGCAGAGGAAGAGAGCGUAUGUGGAGAAGGUUGAGCGUCUGCAGGGGGCUCUAACUCAGCUGCAGACGACCUGCAAGAAAAGAGAAGGGCUGGAAACACGCCUGAGGACACGGCUGGAGCAGGAACUGCGGAGCCUCCGAAAUCAGCAGCGGCAGCCGCAGUCAGUCUGCGGAGUGUCCCACGUGAGUGUUUCCACACUUCAAGAGUUUCUGCGGGAGAAAGAAGAACGCAUUCUGUCGCUGGAGGCCGACAAGACACGAUGGGAACAAAAAUACUUGGAGGAGAAGACCAUGAGGGAGUUUGCGAUGGAUGCCGCUGCCACCGCUGCAGCUCAAAGAGACACAACCAUCAUCAACCAUUCGCCCUGCCAUUCGUUCAUUGAGGAGCUCCCAUCAUCUGAGUACAGGAACCAGGAGGUAGAAAACCGGAUCCGUGCCCUGUACACCCAAAUCCUGGAAAAGGACACAGUGAUUAGCAUCCUGAAGCAGAAGUUGCAACAGGAGCAGAAGAGAGAUUCAGGUGCUGAGCCCUCCAUCACCAUCGCUCAUUCACCGGUUACACACACUGCCCAGGGCAAAGGGAAGAGUCAUUCCAGUAACCCAGCGACUAGUACGUCUCAUUCAGCGCGCGCUCUGGUAGCAGCCCCGGGACAACCUGAAGCAGCAACAGAUCAAACCUCCCACACGGAGACCAGCUCUGAUAACAUCCAGAAAGCACCAUCUGCUGUGGACCUUUUCAAGGGCCUGGAUAAUGUGUCGGCUGAAGCAGAGGAGAUCUUCAUUUGAUGAAGAACACUUGGACAAACUGCCCUGAAAAAUAAAUGUUGAAGAGCUCAGAGAGAUAUUAAAUGACACCACAUCAUUAUACUGUUGUGAAGCCAGAAUUCAGAUAAACAGAAGAGCUACUCAAAAAUCUCAUGUGUAAGAGGGAGCUGAGCUCUACUCUUAAAGCUACAUCUCCAGUCUGCUAUCUUUUGAAAGAUAAGACUGUUUUACAGUGG